CUUACAUUCCCACAAGCACAGCAACAACUGGGUGUCUAAUACCUUGAAACGCCCUCGCCCGUACACAACAGUGACCGAAUCCCUCACCCGACGACGACGACGCCCACCAUGACGUCCGUCAAAAUCAACCACAUAUCAUCGCUCAACGAACCGUACCCCUCCCCUUCGGCCCUCGAAGCCGCCACAACAACGCACGUUCAAGGCGCCUUCGUUAUUGCCACGCGUAAGCUGCCCAUCCUCAAAUCGGGUCCCAUCGACGCCAUGUCGGUGCGGCUAGGAAUUCCAAUUCCCGAGAUGAUCUUCGGUGAUAACCUCGUCUCGAUCACGCACCGGCCAACGGGCUGGUCGAUCGAAUUCAAUGCCGAGGACGCGCUCGAGCGCGUGGACAAAACGGGCGAGAAGAUGCUGCAGGUGGCGUACGCGGGCGAGUGGAGCUCGAGCCGCGAGAAGACGAGCGCGGGCAUCAGCGAGGUGGUCAAGCCGUUUGACUGGAGUUAUACAACGGACUAUUGUGGAACGGAGAGGCCCGGCUCGACUGGAGGGGCUGAAGGGAAAGAAACAAAGUUGCAUGGGGACGAGAACACACCGGAUAUACCUAUUGAGCUCCUGAAGCGGCGAGACCCGAUCCUCUUCGCGGACGAGGUGGUCCUUUACGAAAGUGAGCUAGAUGACAACGGGUGCAGUAUCGUCAGCGUGAAGCUGCGGGUGAUGGAGCACCGCAUGUUGCUGCUGUGCCGGAUGUUCAUGCGGUUGGAUAACGUGCUGGUGCGGGUGCGGGAUACGAGGGUGUAUGUGGAUUUUGAUAAGGAGGAGGUAAUUAGAGAGUAUACGGAGAGGGAGGAUAAGUUUGAGAAUGUGAAGACGAAACUCUUCAUGCAAGGCCUCAAACUGGAUCAGGUCACCAUCGCACUUCGUGAUGCCAACCAGGUAGCGCCUCUGCUGCCGCUCAUCAAGCAGGGAGUUGAGAGCGUUAUCCUAGGUCCGGGUGUGGCUACAAAGACGACAACAACAACAACAACAACACGGUUCCCAGGGCAAACGCAAUUGACACCACAGACUCAGUUUGUCCGUCCGCCGCCGAGAUAGGGGCUGAGGACAGAUUCGUACACGUUCAGAGCAUUGUAUGCAAAAUAACAUGGGUUAACAUCUUCAUGAUUGACGGAUCAACGGCAUUACAGGCGUUAAGGGGGGUUUGGCUAAGGAUACAUAGAAUCGGGAUCAUGCGGAGCUGCACCAACAAUACCGCUAUCAAUCGUGGAUGUUCUCCCGACCUGAUCACCAUUUGAAGAUGCA